AUGUGUUUAAGGUGCAGUUUCCAGGUAUAUGGGUUUGUGUGCAGGGUGUGAGGGGGUGUAAUGGCGAAUAUGUGAGGCUUUGAAGGUAGAAACAUUUAGAAGAGGGCUUGUUACAGACAGGAAGGUCAUGGGGGCAGAGAGUUAACUGUGUGUGUGUAGAGAAGGUGGAGGGAGUGUGUUGGGGUGUGCACUCGCAUGAUGCAUGCUUGGACCAUGAUGUGCUGGAUGAAGGGGUUGUGUUAAAUGGACAUGCAGGUGUAGACAAUCCUGGUGGCUAGUGCAAAUUUGUGUAAGUGAUUGUGCUAACUCCCUUAGAGGGCACUAGCAGAAUGCUUUUGGAGGGGCUGGAGCUGGAGAAGUUACAGGAGAGGGGAAGGGCCUCCAUUAACCUCUUCUUGCCUGCAGCCUGCAGUUUGGAGUCAAGGAGAAUCAUGGGGUCCAGGGAUGAGCUGUGCACUCUCUUAGGCGGACUCUCAUUCCUCCUGCUACUGAUGUCAGUCCAGGGGGCCAAGGGUGGAUCCCUCAAGGAGAGCCAGGGGGUCUGCUCCAAGCAGAUGCUGGUGGUCCCCCUCCAUUACAACGAGUCCUAUAGCCAACCAGUGUAUAAGCCCUACUUGACCAUGUGUGAUGGAAGACGCAUCUGCAGCACCUACAGGACAACAUACCGCGUGGCGUGGAGGGAGGUGAGGAGGGAGGUGCCACAGACCCACGUCGUGUGCUGCCAGGGCUGGAAGAAGCGGCAUCCAGGGGCGCUCACCUGCGAUGCCAUUUGCGCCAAGCCCUGUCAGAACCGAGGUGUCUGCGUUAAGCCAGAGCAAUGCGAGUGUGCCCCAGGCUGGGGUGGGAAGCACUGUCACGUGGACGUGGAUGAAUGUAGGACAGGCGUUGCCCUCUGCUCGCACCGUUGCCUCAAUACGGCAGGCAGCUUCACCUGUGACUGUCCCCAAGGCCUGGUGCUGGGCCUGGAUGGGCGCACCUGUGCAGAGGGUGCCCCGGAGCCCCCAACCAGUGCCAGCAUCCUCAGUGUGGCAGUUCGGGAAGCAGAACAAUAUGACCACACCCUGAGGCAGGAGAUUUGGAAACUUCGUGGGCGCCUGGAUCGGCUGGAGCAGUGGGCGGGUCAAGCCGGGGCCUGGGUCCGAGCCAUGCUGCCCAUGCCACCUGAAGAACUACAGCCGGAACAGGUGGCAGAGCUAUGGGGCCGUAGCGACAGGAUUGAGUCUCUCAGUGAUCAAGUGCUGCUGCUGGAGGAGAGGCUAGGUGCCUGCUCCUGUGAGGACAACAGCCUGGGCCCAGGCCUCAAUCUCAAUCGGCGGCCGAUAAGGAACCUCUCCAGAGCCCCUGCUCGCUAAUUUAUAGAGAAACUGGCCCCACUAAUCCUCUGGGAUUGGCCAGCUGGGGAAGUGCAGAUAAGGUUAUCUGUCACUAAGGAGCAAUGAGCGAUGGAAACUUCGAGAGCCGAAGGAAGGGGGAAAGAUGGGUGCCUUGGGCCCACCCCUGAGUCUUCUGGCUGGGGCAGGUUGCCUAGGCGAGAACCACUUCAACGCCUUAACAAAUGCAGCCAGAAAGUGCCCAGAUCU